AUGGUCGCAACUGCUGCUGCUGCUGCUAGCGCAGAAUUGCCCAUUGGCGUGGCGGCGACGAACUCGGUCGACGAUCCUGCGGUUCGAGUAGAUUCGAAGUCGCCUACGAUCAUCGCGCCCGAGGCUAUCGCGGAUGACUCGUCUGAGAGGACGCAAAAGAAGUCGUUCUUCGGGUUUUACACAUCGAAGAGGUUUUGGAUUACUUUGGUGAUAGGACAAUUUUUAGCUCUAUGUAUCACGAGUACAAAUACCUUUACAACGCUAUUGUUCCAAGCGGGGACUAGCUUUCCGGCAUUCCAGACCUUUAUCAAUUAUUGUCUGCUCAAUCUCUGCUACACGAGUUUUACGAUUUAUAAAGAAGGAUUUAAAGGAUGGCUUAGGAUUAUAUGGAAAGAUGGGUGGAAGUACUUCAUCCUAGCCUUCUUCGAUGUUGAAGGCAACUACUUCGUCGUGCUAGCAUACAGGUACACUACUAUCCUCUCGGCCGAACUCAUAAACUUCUGGGCUAUUGUCGUGGUCGUAAUUCUCUCCUUCUUUCUCCUUCGCGUCCGAUACCAUUGGUCACAAAUCGUAGGUAUCCUGGUCUGUUGCGCCGGUAUGGGUGUUCUGAUCGGUAGUGAUAAACUCCAAGGAGGUGACUUCCACAGUGGUGCCGAUGUCCUCAAAGGUGAUCUGUUCAUGUUACUCGGAGCGACAUUCUACGGUUUCAGCAACGUUACGGAAGAAUUUUUCGUAUCCAAAACGCCACUUUACGUAGUUAUCGGACAACUAGGAUUUUGGGGGAUGUGUAUCAACGGUGUCCAAGCGGCAAUUUUUGACAGAACUUCGAUCGCGAAUGCAGUUUGGGAUGGGAAAGUAGCGGGAUACCUUGUCGGUUAUAACCUCGUCUUGUUCAUAUUUUAUACCGUCACACCGGUACUUUUCCGUCUAUCCUCUGCGGCGUUUUUUAAUAUCUCGCUAUUGACCGCGAAUUUUUGGGGUUUGAUUAUUGGCAUUAGAGUCUUUGGGUAUAAGGUGCAUUACUUGUACCCAGUGGCUUUUGUGCUGAUUAUGGUCGGUUUGAUUGUGUAUUAUAUCAUGGAUGCUAGUGGGAUUGGUGACGAUAGCGUUAAACCGUGGUUAGGGGAGAACCAAGAGGGUGGACAUGAGGGCAUUGGAACGGCGAAGAGGAGGAUGAGGACGAGGGUUGGAAGGGGGGUUGGAGCGGGUGCUGAUCCUUAG